AUGUCCGACCAAAAGGAGGUGAAUUUAUCUGGAGUCCGACAGAAUAAAGGCGUGUGGCUCGUUAAGGUUCCCAAGUAUUUAUCUCAGCAAUGGGAGAAAGCCACAGAAAAGGGAGAAGUUGGAACGAUAUCAAUAGAAAAAAAACAAGGAAAAACAGAGGUGUGUUUCACUCUAAAUGAGGAGCUGGCUGCCAUGACGGCUGUAGGAGAGAAGGAGGAGUCCCUGCAGGCCCCGAGGGAAUAUCCCUUCACGAUGCACACAGCGGGUGCACAGACCAUGGCUGUCUUCAGCCAGACCGACGCAGAUGAAGUCAGUCUGGAGGGGACGGUGUUGCACAGAGCCGAGUGCCGGCCCGUCGUCUCCGACAGCUACAUGAAGGUCAAGAGGCUGCAGGUCGAGUCCGUCAAGCCGCGGCGUUUGGUGCAGCAGCUGGACCGAGCCGUCGCCACCGUCUUCAAGCCUGUGGCCAACCACGACUUCAAUUUGGAGUACGAGAAGAAGAAGAAGUCUGAGGGUAAGAUGGUGAGGGCGGAUCGGCAGCAGGUGUUGGACCUGCUCUUCUCUGCUUUUGAGAAGCACCAGUACUACAGCUUCAAGGACCUGGUGGACAUCACCAAGCAGCCCGUGACAUAUCUUAAAGAAAUCAUGAGGGAAAUCGGUGUAUGCAAUCGCAAGGGAGCGCACAAAUGCACCUGGGAGCUGAAGCCAGAGUACCGUCACUACCAGCCGAGUGAGGAAGAGGAGCAGAAAAGCCCCUGACUCCAUCAGAGACAUCUCACCUCACAGAAAAUGCCAUAUGGGUGUAAAAUUUUAUUUAUUUGUUUACAAUCGGUGGAGAAUCAUGUAUAAUAUUCAGCAUGAUGAAUUUAAGUUGUGGGCUUGAGUCAAUUUUGCUUUCCAGUAAUGUUGCCAUGUUUUCUGUUCUCUGGAUUAAAGCUGUUGGAAAACAGUGUCUGUCUCUCCUGAACUUGUUCGCUCAGCAGGUGUUUUUCACAGCAGACAAAGCAGUUGGAGCUAACAACAGCUAUCUGCUCCAGCUGUUACCACAAAGCUGCGCUGCAAUUAGUCAUGUAAUCACCCACACCUCUGUUUGACACGUGAAAAUGUCCUUCUGGGAUAAAAAACAACUGAUUCGACCCUUACUACAACUGAGGAUUUAGUUGGCGCCAUGCAGCCACCCUGCCAGGCUGAUAAACUGGAAACACGUUAGAGGAAAUCAAAGAUGGCUGAAAAGCUGCGGGGUGUCGCAGGAUACAAUCUAUCCGGAAACAGCUUUAAAAGAUUUUUACACUCAAUUACACGAGGCAGAAAAACCCGCAGACCAAACCCGACAAACCUUUGGAUCAGCCUGAUUAGGGUGAGAUUACUUACUGCGUUCACACUGCAGCCCAAAGUGGCCCAACUCCAAUUUUUUUUUUUUUUUUUCACCGUAACCAGACCUGA